UGCCAUCCGCCCCUCCCCGUUCCUCCUUCCUUUUGGGCUUAGCGGCCAUGCCUCCCCUCACGAGCGCCCUGCUCUCCCGCUCCACCACCGGCUCCUCCCCCCGCGUCUCGGCCGCGGCGGCAGCAGCGAUCUCCAGGCCCGCCACCCCGUCGUCCUCGGCUCCCCCUUCCCGCCCGACCCCGAGCCCGCGCCCCAGCCCGGCGUCGCCGUUCGCGUCCGGCCUCGCGGGCCGCCUCUUCGGCGGCCACCGCGCAGCCGCCCGGUCCGCAUCGUCUGCGGCCGCCGUCUUCGAGCGCCGGUUCGCCUCCGCGGCGACAAAAAACUCUUACGAUGAAAUCCUGACGGGCCUCGGGAAGCCAGGAGGCGGUGAGGAGUUUGGGAAGUACUACAGUCUGCCUGCGCUCUCUGAUCCGCGGAUUGAUCGGCUCCCCUACUCUAUAAGGAUUCUUCUCGAGUCGGCAAUCAGAAACUGUGAUGAGUUCCAGGUCACUGGUAAGGAUGUCGAGAAGAUCUUGGAUUGGGAGAACAGCGCAUCAAAGCAAGUUGAAAUCCCAUUCAAGCCAGCCCGUGUUCUUCUCCAGGAUUUUACUGGUGUCCCGGCAGUUGUUGAUCUUGCAUGCAUGAGGGAUGCUGUGAGCAAACUUGGCAGCGACCCAAACAAAAUUAAUCCUCUGGUUCCUGUAGACCUUGUUAUUGAUCAUUCAGUACAAGUCGAUGUUGCAAGAUCACAAAAUGCUGUUCAGGCAAAUAUGGAGCUUGAGUUCCAUCGUAACAAGGAACGGUUUGGAUUCUUGAAAUGGGGUUCCUCUGCAUUCCGUAACAUGCUUGUUGUUCCACCUGGGUCUGGAAUUGUCCACCAGGUCAAUCUUGAGUACCUGGCCAGGGUUGUGUUCAACAAUGGUGGGAUCCUUUACCCUGACAGCGUUGUAGGAACUGACUCUCACACAACUAUGAUUGAUGGUCUCGGUGUUGCUGGAUGGGGAGUUGGUGGCAUAGAGGCAGAAGCUGCAAUGCUUGGCCAGCCAAUGAGCAUGGUCUUGCCAGGUGUUGUUGGUUUCAAGCUAUCAGGCAAGCUGAGGAAUGGAGUUACAGCAACAGAUUUGGUUCUAACAGUAACUCAAAUGCUUCGUAAACAUGGGGUUGUUGGAAAAUUUGUUGAGUUCUACGGGCAAGGUAUGAGUGAAUUGUCACUUGCUGAUCGGGCCACCAUUGCAAACAUGUCACCAGAAUAUGGUGCAACUAUGGGUUUCUUCCCAGUUGAUGGAAAGACACUGGACUAUUUGAGGCUUACCGGCAGAAGUGAUGAUACAGUGGCCAUGGUAGAAUCCUAUCUGCGUGCUAAUAAGAUGUUCGUCGACCACAACCAGGUUGAAGCUGAAAGAGUGUAUUCUUCUUAUCUAGAACUUAACCUUGAAGAGGUUGAACCAUGUCUAUCAGGACCAAAACGGCCUCAUGAUCGAGUGACAUUGAAGAACAUGAAGUCGGAUUGGCAUUCUUGCUUAGACAACGAUGUAGGGUUUAAGGGAUUUGCUGUCCCCAAAGAAUCACAGAGCAAAGUUGCAGAAUUUUCAUUCCACGGGGCUCCUGCAAAGAUAAAGCAUGGUGAUGUUGUAAUUGCGGCUAUAACUAGUUGCACCAACACAUCAAAUCCUAAUGUAAUGCUUGGAGCUGCUUUGGUUGCGAAAAAGGCUUGUGAAUUAGGCUUGGAGGUAAAGCCAUGGAUUAAGACAAGUCUUGCACCUGGUUCUGGUGUUGUGAAGAAGUACUUGGAUAAGAGUGGUCUGCAGAAAUACCUUGAUCAGCUAGGCUUCCAUAUUGUUGGCUAUGGUUGCACAACCUGCAUUGGAAAUUCCGGAGAUCUUGAUGAAUCUGUGUCUGCUGCAAUUUCUGAGAAUGAUAUUGUUGCUGCUGCUGUCUUGUCCGGUAACAGGAAUUUUGAAGGACGUGUCCACCCAUUAACCAGAGCAAAUUACCUUGCUUCUCCUCCACUAGUUGUGGCUUAUGCCUUGGCUGGCACGGUUAAUAUUGAUUUUGAGAAAGAACCUAUCGGCAUCUCGAAAGAUGGCAAAGAGGUUUACUUCAGGGACAUUUGGCCUUCCACAGAAGAGAUAUCCGAGGUUGUCAAGACCAGUGUGCUCCCUGACAUGUUCAAGAGCACAUAUGAGGCGAUCACAAAAGGAAAUCCUAUGUGGAAUGAGCUAUCAGUGUCAGCAAGCACUCUCUACCCAUGGGAUCCAUCAUCUACGUACAUCCAUGAGCCUCCUUAUUUCAAGGAUAUGACAAUGACCCCUCCUGGCCCUCGACCCGUGAAGGAUGCAUAUUGCCUUCUGAACUUUGGUGACAGUAUCACAACUGAUCACAUCUCCCCUGCUGGAAGCAUUCACCCAGAUAGCCCAGCUGCAAAAUAUCUGAAGGAGCGUGGUGUUGAAAGGAAGGACUUCAACUCGUAUGGUAGUCGACGUGGAAAUGAUGAGAUCAUGGCCAGGGGAACUUUUGCCAACAUUCGCCUUGUGAACAAGUUCCUGAAGGGUGAGGUUGGACCAAAAACAAUCCACAUUCCAUCUGGGGAGAAGCUUGCUGUUUUUGAUGCUGCUAUGAAAUACAAGAAUGAAGGGCAUGACACUAUAAUCCUGGCUGGCGCCGAGUAUGGUAGUGGAAGCUCUCGGGAUUGGGCUGCAAAGGGCCCAAUGCUUCAGGGAGUCAAGGCUGUGAUAGCAAAGAGCUUUGAGAGGAUCCAUCGUAGCAAUCUUGCUGGCAUGGGAAUCAUCCCUCUUUGCUUCAAGGCAGGGGAGGAUGCAGACACCCUUGGGUUAACUGGCCAUGAGCGCUACACGAUCCACCUUCCAACCAAUGUGAGUGAAAUCAAGCCUGGACAAGAUGUUACCGUGACAACUGAUACUGGGAAGUCUUUCACUUGCACACUCAGAUUUGACACUGAGGUGGAACUUGCUUACUACGACCACGGAGGUAUUCUACCAUAUGUCACCAGAAAGAUUGCGGAACAGUAGGUUGUACCAUUGAGAUGAUUGCGAUGAGGCGAAUCGUGAUUGAUGUAAACGGUUUGUUUAGCACACCCCAUUUUUGAGUACUUCUAAUAAUCUCUGGGCGCGGAGAGCUUUCUGUUAGAAAUUUUGUGAGCUAUUGGCCUCCAGCAAGAAUUGGAGUGCUUGAUGAUGCUAUGCGAUCUUAACCUUUCUUGAGACGUGUCAAUAAUAUUCCAACACCUGCAGCCACUGAAUACAUUGGGCAGAUGAUUACCCAUUAUGUAAAUGAUACUUCACUCAUUGAAAGUUAAAUGCUGAUGCAGUUCGAAACUGUUAGCUUAUUGUUAUUGGUUA